CCCUGUACCGGUGCACAUUCUUCUUUCUGAAUUCAUAUUGAACGCACCCAAGCGUCGACGCAAGGGCGUCCAUUUCUUUUCAUCUACUUUUCCGGACAUAAACGCCGUUUAUUAAAUGUCUGUGUCCGGAUAAACUCGUCACGGUGCUCGUUGAGGCUUCUCGAGCUAGCUUAGCUUCGCUCGCUAGCCGCUAACGGUGGGGGUACACGUGCUAGUUAGCAUUAGCCGAGCUCAAGUGCAAAGUGUUGGCAUCGCCGCGCGAAAAUGUGCGCGAGAACGACCGCAAGGGACGCGGAGAAACUUUGCGGAAUAAAAGAGGAGAAGAAGCGACGACGCCAACUGCUGGACGCGGUUUGCAAGCAGCCUCGACUUGUGCUACGCAAAGCAGAUGUCAGCGAGUAUCUUCGUCCUGAGCAGCAGGAACCAGAGUUCCCCCGCCUCAAAGAAGAGGAGGGGCCCCAGCCUCUUCACAUUAAACACGAGGCGCUGGAGCCCACUCAUAUUAACGAAGGAGGGGUGCCACACAUUAAAGACGAAGAGCAGGAGCACGAAAUCAAGUUUCCACCGACUGCCGUUGUGAAGAGUGAAGAUGAUGAUGGGGAGCACCGUGGCGGCACACAAGCGCACGGCCGCUCAGCUCCACUGUCAGAUCCUGAUGACACAACAUCGCACUCUUCUGACUAUGAUGAUGAUGAUGAUGAGCAACACUCCAAAGGUGAUAAGAAAUGUCACACUCGCAAAAAAUGUCUUAAAUGUUCUUACUGUGACAGAACCUUUUACAACAAGUCAUCGUUGAAAACGCACACGAGGUCACACACUGGAGAAAAACCUUUCGCCUGUUCCGUUUGCGGUGCGAGGUUCUCUUUGAAUGCAAAUUUGACAAGACACACAAAAAUACACACUGGUGAUAAACCAUUCGCUUGCUCAAUUUGCGGCAGACGAUUCGCUGAGAAGAGCACUUUAACAGUACACACGAGAAGACAUGAUGGACAGAAACCUUUUACCUGCUCAGUUUGUGGUAAAAGUUUUACUGAGAAUGGAGAAUUAAGAAUCCACACAAGAACACACACUGGAGAAAAACCUUUUUCCUGCUCAGUGUGUGGUAAAAGGUUCCCUUUCAAGAACACUUUAAGAAUGCACACAAGAAAGCACACAGGAGAAAAGCCUUAUGCCUGCUCCGUUUGUGGGAAAAGAUUCCCAACAAAGUCACAUUUAACGAGACACGCAAAAACACACACCGGAGAUAAACCAUUUGCCUGCUCAGUUUGUAAUCAAAGAUUCUCUAUAAAAGACAAUUUAAGAAGGCACACACGAAGACAUAAUGGAGAGAAACCUUAUACCUGCUCCGUUUGUGGUAAAAAAUUCACUCAGAAUAGUUUAAGAACGCACUUAAGAACACACACGGGAGAAAAACCACAUGCCUGCUCAGUGUGCGGCAAAAGCUUUGCUUCAAAGCGACAUUUAACGAGACACACAAGCUCACACACUGGAGAAAAACCUUUUGCAUGCUCAAUAUGUGGAAGACGAUUCAGUCAGAAGGAUGAAUUAAAAGGACACACAAGGAGACACUCGAGUGAGAGACCGUUUGCCUGCUCAGUUUGUGGUAAAACCUUCACUGUGAAGAGAGAUUUAAGAAUACACACAGGAAUACACAAAGGCGAGAAACCUUUUGCUUGCUCAGUAUGCGGGAAAACAUUUUGCAGAAAGUCCUAUUUAAAAAUGCACACAAGAACACACACUGGCGAAAAGCCUUUCGCCUGCUCAGUUUGUAGUAAAAGAUUCUCGACAAAGGCACAUUUAAAAAGACACGCAGAAACACACAGGGGGAAGAAAACAUUCACCUGCCGGGUGUGUGAUAAAACAUUCGCUCGUAAGGGGCAUCUUAUGAGACACAAGUGUGCUGGUGAGAAGAGCAGCAGUCAAUAAAGGGAAGGGGAUCGUUAACUCAAAUCAAUAUAUGGAGGAAUUUUUCGAUCGUAGACUGUUGACUAAACUUUUGGAGGACUUCCAAAAGAGAGUUGUUGACAGAGAGAGAAAGUUGCUGGUCAUAUCUCAGAAGGAGUUCAUGUGAAAACGCUACGAAGCUUGGGGGGGAAAAAAUGUGACAAGGUGAGUUAGUCGAGGUAAAAAAAAACAAAAAAACAAUUUAAAUAAAUAGUCGCCGUAAAAGGGGUGAUCCACGGUAUUUUGGUAGAUGUGAGUUUGUAACAACAUACGGAUUUUAAGGAGAUUGUUAAAAAAAAAAAAAAAAAGAUUGCACGUCUAUUCAUUGAGUUUGAAGAAAUAAUAGUACAUGUAUGUUAAUGUAAAAGAACAUACGUACAUUGUUGCAUAAAGUGUUACAAAAUAUCUCGAUAUCAAAGGAGUCACCUGGGAACAAAUACAAAAUGAACAGCGCAACUGGGAAAAUAUAUGAAAAAGAAUUACAAUCUGCGAGCAACUUCAUAUUGUGUCUGUGUUUGUGCGUUUUCGUGUACGGGGGUGAAGUUGCGUGACGAGGUAAAACAGCACAAAUAUUCGCCGAGUCCAAAAACUACGCAAAGAAUCUGUCUUAGACGGUAGGGAGGGGAAGAAAAUGUGUUUUUGGGGUAUGGCUGUGUAUUUUUUAUUUUUUUUGUAUCAACAGAUCAUAAGUUAUUGUCCUUUGUUUUAUGGAACAAACAAAUGGGGGAGACGUGUUAUGUGUGUGACAAAUGACUGUCAAUAGAGGAAUAACUUAGAAAGCAAUCGAAGGAGCUGUAACAUGGGGGGAGGAUUAUAUAGGGCAAGUUUGACAUCUUCCUGCUCCUUCUGCUGCUUUUUUUUCCUUCCCUUUUUUGUAUUUGGUCUUCGAAAUAAACUGCUUCGUUCAUUUAU